UUGCUGGAGCCCUCUGAGCUUUGGAGGAACUAGGGCCAGAAGCUGGCACAGUAGGAUGCCCCCGUGUCCUCCUCAGCAGAACAGGGACAGGUUGUCACAGCUGCCUGUUGGGGAGCUGGGCGAGAUGGAAUUGACUUGGCAAGAGAUCAUGUCCAUUACUGAGCUGCAGGGUCUAAAUGUUCCAAGUGAGCCAUCCUUUGAGCCCCAAGCACCCACCCCAUAUGCUGGACCACUGCCACCUCCAACAUACUGCCCCUGUUCAGUUCACCCAGAUGCAGGCUUUUCCCUGCCCCUACCACCUUAUGAGCUGCCAGCAGCAUCUACUCCCCAUGUCCCAGACCUCCCAUACUCCUAUGGCAACAUGGCUAUACCAGUGUCAAAGCCACUCACCCUUUCAGGCCUGCUCAAUGAGCCCCUCCCGGACCCCUUAGCUCUCCUGGACAUUGGGCUACCAGUGGGGGCACCCAAGCCCCAAGAAGACCCAGAAUCCGACUCAGGAUUAUCCCUCAACUACAGUGAUGCAGAAUCUCUUGAGCUAGAGGGUGCAGAGGCUGGCAGGCGGAGGAGCGAGUAUGUGGACAUGUACCCGGUGGAGUACCCUUACUCCCAUAUGCCCAACUCCUUGGCCCACCCUAACUAUACUUUGCCACCCACUGAGAACCCCUUGGGCUUAGAGUCAUCCUCUGGCCCUGUGCGGGCUAAGCCUGCUGUUAGGGGAGAGGCGGGGAGUCGGGAUGAGCGGCGCGCCAUGGCCAUGAAGAUUCCUUUCCCUACGGACAAGAUUGUCAACUUGCCUGUAGAUGACUUUAAUGAGCUGUUGGCGCAGUACCCGCUAACAGAGAGCCAGUUGGCUCUAGUUCGGGACAUCCGACGGCGGGGCAAGAACAAGGUGGCAGCCCAGAAUUGUCGCAAGAGAAAACUGGAAACCAUUGUGCAGCUAGAGAGGGAGCUGGAGCGGCUGGGUAGUGAAAGAGAGCGGCUUCUCAGAGCCCGAGGCGAAGCCGACCGCACUCUGGAGGUCAUGCGCCAACAGUUGGCAGAGUUGUACCAUGACAUUUUCCAACAUCUUCGGGAUGAAUCUGGCAACAGUUAUUCACCGGAGGAAUAUGUACUGCAACAGGCUGCUGAUGGGGCCAUCUUUCUGGUGCCCCGUGGGACCAAGAUGGAGACCACCGAUUGAGCUGGCUUAGAGGAGACUGACAAUGGUGCUAGGGCCGCCCCCACAUUCCCUUCUGAUAAAGGUACUCCCCAGCCCCAGGACCCAUAAGGCACUGCAUUCUUCAGACCAAGAGGGCAGAUGCAACCUUAGCAUUUGGAUGUCCCAAGGUAUGUUCAGUGAGGUUAGCCUAGAGGCCAGGGAGUGCUGGCUUCUCAGGCCCCAAAUCUCCACCUCUUCUCUAAGCUUUGGUUCAUAAAGAGCUGUGUGGAAAUAAGCUUUCCAUUGUCUUCUUUCUUGAGUGUGAUGGAGAUA